AUGGGAAGUUUAAGGGUUUUCAUGUGUUUCAUGGUUUUUUAUGCUAUGGUUUCUAUUCAAAUCACUUGCUGCCAAAGCAAAAUCUGCCUUCCGAAAAAGCAAGUGGCCUUAUUCAUAUUUGGAGACUCACAAUUUGAUGUCGGAAACAAUAACUACAUCAAUAGCACCAUUUUAGCUCAGGCAAACUUCGAUCCAUACGGCGAAACUUUCUUCAAUCUUUUUGAGUUUAAUCUUGUGGAUGCACCCGAAUAUGCCAAGGUGCCGCUGUUGCUACCAUAUCUGCAUCCAGCAUCGUACCUCGAUGAUUAUAUCUUGGGGGCCAAUUUUGCAUCAGCAGGAUCUGGAGCUUUGGUUGAAACUCGUCAAGGACUUGUGAUCGACCUGAAAACUCAAGCAAGUUACUUCAAACAAGUUAGCAAGCACUUGAAGCAGAAACUGGGAGUUGGAGAAGCCAAGGCAUUUCUAGGAAAUGCUGUCUACAUUAUUGCCGUUGGAGACAAUGAUUAUACAUCCUUUCUGUUCUCAAACUCAAGUACCGUUGGUAUUAAAGACCCUCGAGAAUUUGUUGAUGCCGUUAUUGGAAACAUAUCAAGCGUCAUCCAGGAAAUUUACGAAGCCGGCGGAAGAAAAUUCGGAUUGCUUAACGUGGGUCCUAGUAAUUGCUAUCCAAUAAUAAGGAGAUUUAUGAAUGGAAGCAGCUUAGAUGCGUGCCUGGAAGAAGAAGGUUCAGCAAUCGCAAGAUUACACAGAACAGCUCUUCCCAAAAUGCUUGAGAAGUUGGAGAAACAACUUGAGGGAUUCCAAUACUCUCUCACUGACUAUUACGGCGCUCUUAUUGAAGUCAUGAAAUUCCCCUCCAACUACGGUUUCAAAGAAGGGGAGGUGGGUUGCUGCGGAGGAGGAGCGUAUAGAGGAGAUUUUAGCUGUGGAGGGAAAAGAGGGAUUGAAGAAUUUGAGUUAUGUGAGAAUGUUAAUGAUUAUGUCUAUUUUGAUUCUGUUCAUCAUACGGACAGAGCUAAUCAAUAUUUUGCCGAGCUCAUGUGGAGUGGAGACAAUCAUUUCACUCAGCCUUACAAUGUGAAACAGCUCUUUGAAUUUCAAGUUUGAAUCGCGCCGAUUAGCUUAUUGAAGCAGUCCGACAGUACGUAAAGGGGAACAUAAUCUAAUAAUAACCUUUCCUGAGUCAACAAUCGAUAGGAUAGGAAACACCUUGUACUUUUCUGUUUCUCUAUAUACAUAUUGCAAGUGUUACUAUU